AUGGACUUUGAACCCUCUGAGGAGUAUAUAGGCCUGUCAGUCCCUGUGGCUUUCCAGAACCCAGCUCCAGUUACCCUAUUUGGCCUUGCACUGUUCCUGUAUGAAAGUUCAUUUUAUGAAGCAAAGAAAACUAUCUUGAAGCUUGGUAUGAAUUAUGAGAAGAUACAUGCAUGCCCGAACAAUUGCAUGCUGUAUUGGGGUGAAGACAAGGAGAAAGAAAUGUGUAAAGUUUGCAACAGGUCUAGAUGGAAACUAGAUACAAAGGGUGGUGAGAUUCAAGAAUCAAAUGAUGGGAAUAUUAGGAAGAAGGUGCCUGCUAAAGUUCUUCGUUACUUUCCACUAAAACCUCGUUUGCAAAGGUUAUUUUUGUCUUCAAAGACAGCCGAGGCCAUGAGAUGGCAUGAUGUUGCUCCUAAGGAAGAUGGUGUAAUGACGCAUCCUAGAGAUUCAGAAGCUUGGAAGAUGUUUGAUUUAAAAAACACUUCAUUCGCAGAGGAUCCACGAAAUAUACGUUUGGCAUUAGCUACUGAUGGUAUUAAUCCCUAUCGUAGUAUGAAUGCAAAUUCUAGUACCUGGCCAGUUAUUCUCAUUCCUUACAACACUCCUCCUUGGAUUUGUAUGAAGCGGACGUCUUUUAUUCUUUCAAUGAUAAUUCCUGGAAAAAAGAUGCCAGGAAACAAUAUAGAUGUCUACUUACAACCGUUGAUCAAAGAGCUAAAAGAGUUAUGGAAUGAGGGCGUGGAUGCAUAUGAUUCUUUUGAGAAAAAGGCGUUCAAAUUGCAUGCAGCGUUGAUGUGGACUAUAAGUGACUUUCCUGGGUUAGGAAUUCUCUCCGGGUGGAACACGUACACUGGACUUGCUUGUCCAUCUUGUAACUUCGACUCUGUUCCUUUUCAACUUCCUCAUAGUAGAAAAUCAUGUUUCAUAGGACAUCGUCGUUUUCUUAAUCAAAGGCAUCGAUUUAGAUUGAAUAGGGUUCGAUUUAAUGGAGAGCAAGAAUUUUGCAAUCCACCGAAGAGGUUAUCUGGUCUUGAUAUACUUGAGCAAGUCAAGGACAUCAAUGUCACAUUUGGUAGAAAAGAAGAGGCAAAAGUUAGGGGGAAAAGAAGACGUGGUGAGCGUGCUGCAGAAGGUGCUAAGCAGUGGAGGAAGAAAAGCAUUUUUUUUGAACUUCCCUAUUGGAAGUAUAACCUAUUGUGUCACAAUCUUGAUGUGAUGCAUAUAGAAAAAAAUGUAUGUGAUAAUGUGAUAUACACGUUGCUAAAUGACAGCACCAAGUCAAAAGACCACCUCAAUGCUCGAAAAGAUCUUAAAGCUUUAGGCUGUAAACAAGAUCUUUGGCCAGAUGAGAAUGGAAAGUACGCUCCAGCUAUCUUUACACUGACUAAUAAAGGCAAGAAGGCUUUUCUGUCAACUUUAAAAAAUAUUAGUGUGCCAGACGGGUAUUCAAGUAACAUAUCUAGGUGCAUUGAUGUUGACAACCUUAAGAUCAAUGGGAUGCUAAAAAGCCAUGAUAAUCACAUAUUAAUGCAACAAUUGCUACCAUUAGCCAUGCGAACGAGUUUGCCUAGUGAAGUUUCAGCAAUCUUGAUUGAAUUGUGCUCGUUCUUUAGGAAGUUAUGUGAAAAAAGAUUGAUUAUUAAGGAUUUAGACAAGUUGCAAGAUCAAAUUGUGCUCACUCUAUGCCAUAUGGAGAUGUUAUUUCCUCCAUCCUUUUUUAUAGUUAUGAUUCAUUUGGUGGUUCACCUUGUUGAAGAAGUUAAGCUUGGAGGUCCUGUACACUACCGGUGGAUGUAUCCGAUAGAAAAGUACUUGGGACAACUAAAAUCUUAUGUGCGUAAUAAAGCACAACCAGAGGGCUCUAUUGCUGAAGGUUAUCUUAUGCAAGAGAUCCUUACAUUUUGUUCAAGAUACCUGGACAAUAUUGAGACAAUAUGGAAUCGACGUAAGCGUGUUGGUAAUGAGCCUACCCAGAUAGAUCCCAAUUCACGAAUAUCUAAGCUGUUUCCUCAAGUUGGAGAAUCAAAUACUGGUUUCACAUAUUUUACUUUAUCACCAAUUGAGAAGAGGCAGGCUCAUAGGCAUGUUUUCACAAAUUGUCGUUCAGUUGAUAACUAUCUUAGGGAUUAUAGAGAUAUUGUGAAGAAAAGAUUAAGAAGCCGAACAAGGGAUACUACUGAGAUAGACAAAAAGGUUCAUAGAGAAUUUGUUGAUUGGUUCUCUAAUCAUAUUUGUACUAAUCUCAACAAACUUCCUGAUGUGGAUAAAGACAUUCUUAUCAGCCUUUCUCAAGGACCAUAUGACCAAGCAAGAAAGUUCUCUUCAUAUGAUGUUAACGGAUAUAGAUUUCAAACUUUAGCAAGGGAUAAUGGAUUAAAAACUCAGAAUAGCGGAGUUUUUGGUACAUUUGGAACAAGAAGUUACUCAAGUAGUAAAGAUACCCGAAUGAACUUUGGUGCGGUGCCUUAUUAUGGAAAGUUGGUAGACAUCAUUGAGCUUUUCUACAAUGGUUUUACAGUUCUCUUGUUUAAAUGUCAAUGGGCAAACACAACUAGUCCUAGAGGAAUAAAAAAGGACAAUUUGGGUUUUUUAUCUGUGAACUUUACAAGGCUCAUACAUACUGGUGAACAUGAAGAUGACGAGCCAUAUAUUAAAGCUUCUGAAGCCCAGAUGGUAUAUUAUGUGGAUGAUGAGAAAGAAAAAGGAUGGUGCAUACCAAUUCACUUGAAGCCAAGAGAUUUGUAUAACAUGAGUGGAGAUAAUAUGGGUGAAGAUGACGAAAUUACAGUAUCCAAUGAUAAUUAUCCACCACAAGACUUAGAGUCUCUUUUUCCAUAUGAAAAUACAAAUAUAAAAUUGGCGAGAAUAGUUGUAGAUGAUGAUCUUCCAAUAAUCAAUGAAAACUAUGAUGAGAAUGAGGAUAUGCUUGUGUAAAAGACAUUGAAGUUUUUCAGAAGUUACUAAAUACAUUUUCAAAGCAUUUAAAUAUUUUUUCUUGUUUGGCAAUUAUGAGGACUGUUGGGAGAAUUCCUUAGGAGGAUCUAGAAUUAUUUUUGAAUUAUGCAAAUUGCUAUGCUAGAGAUGGAAAAGCUAAUUAGCUGAACUUUAGUCCAAGAUUUCUCUCUCUAUCUUAAGUCUAUCCUUGUAAAACCUUGUUGUUUUGUUUGG